GAUAAAAAUAAUUAUACUAAUACAGUCAAACGCUCCUCCCUCCUCCGAAGUCCGAUCCAUGAUCCAUGAUCCAUGAUCCACCUCGCCCGCCCGCCUCUGUCCUGUUACCUGACCUGAAUGAAUGUGAAUUGAAUUCCCCCAUCUCUUCCCCCAAAUGUGAAGAAAUCUUAUGGAAACCCUAACCCUAACCCCAACCCUAACCGUGACCUCCUCUUCCUCCUCCUCCCUCAAUUCCUGCUAUUGCUCCUCUGGGAAGCCGGAUCCCCUCCAUACAUGUUAUCUCCUUUCUAAUUCCCUUGCUUCUCCCCCCCUCGAUUUUCAAUCUUGAUUUUGGUUCCCCGUCACCGUCACCCUGAUCCUUUAUCCCGCUCUUCCCCUCUUUGCUUGCAUUCCUAAUCUCUUUAUUUCUUCCGCCUUUCCUUCCGCCUUUCCGAUUCUCUCUCGACAUUACAUAAAUUGCAGCAUUUAUUUCGCAGCUUCUGUAGCAUGAUCAGACCGACCUACUUCUGGAUAUAAAUAAGUUGCUAAGGAGGAGAAAUUGGACCUUUGUUUUUAUUUGUUUUCCUUCCCUUUUCCCCCUCUAAGGUUCUAACCUAUACACAUUUUUAUUGGAUAUUUGUUUUUGAGAGUGGGCAGGCAUGUGUAGCUCUGACAGUGGUGGAGGGCUGGUGGAUUGUAGUGUGGGGAGUAUUGUUUGGGUUAGAAGACGAAAUGGAUCUUGGUGGCCUGGAAAGAUACUUGGACCUGAAGAGCUAUCGUCUUCUCUCGUGACAUCACCUCGCUCAGGAACUCCAGUCAAACUUCUUGGCAGGGAAGAUGCAAGUGUGGACUGGUACAAUUUGGAGAAGUCAAAACGUGUUAAAGCAUUUCGAUGUGGUGAGUUUGAUGACUGUAUAGAAAGGGCUGAAGCUGCUCAGGGUAUGCCUCCAAAGAAACGAGAGAAAUAUGCACGACGGGAAGAUGCAAUAUUGCAUGCACUUGAAUUGGAGAGGCAAUUAUUGGAGAAGAAAUAUGGAAAAGUAACAAGUGUUUGUAAUGGUGGGGAAAAGAAGUCGCCAGAAGCUGUCAAUUCUGGGAGUUUGGAAUGUGGAGAUGCAAACCACAAUGAUCCUAGAUCUGACCAGCUUUCUGAAAGGCUUGGUUCUUCUCCUGCUGAAAAGAAUGCGGCAGACCAGAUUAUGCUUGAUGAAACUGUGAGGGAGGGAAAUCAACAGAGUGGAGAUGAUGAGAGUGCUGGUAUACUGCCUCGGAUGAGAGGCUUGCAAGACUUUGGUCUCAGUACUACUCCACCGAUGAGAGAGGAGCUUCCUGGAGCUGUAUUUCGUGCAAAGAGGAGUAGAUAUGCUUAUCUGCCAUCUGGUUCUGGGGAUUACUCAAAUGACAACCAAACUAUAUCCUCCCAGAUGGAUAUACGAGUUUCACAAUUUGAAGGAAGAGGAUAUCCGGUUGACAGGGGUGAAGACCACGAGUCUGGGUCAACCGAGGACACUGAAACGGAUAGUUCUGAAACUGAUUCUCUGGAAUUGGAUUCAGAUGGACUCUCUGAUGGCUCUUACUCUAUUGAACUGCAACCUAAAUAUCCUUGGAGAAUCGGAGUACAAGAGGACCACGGGAGCAUAAGCAGUACUGAUGACCUUGAUGAAUUACCAUUUGCUGAAUCAACCAGUACUGGGGCUUCUAAAUGGCACCUGAAAGGACAGAGAAAUAAUCAAGGUCUUGGGAAGAGGUCUCUGGACAGAGCUGAUGCAGAAUUCUCUGGGGGAUAUGUGACUGGUAGAAACUCCAACUGGAGCAACAGUGGUUUCAAGGCUGACUACGGUAAUAAAAGAUUUAGGAGCCAUAUAUCCAGGUAUGGAUCUACUGGUUUAGGUGGCAUCACCCCCUAUGAGAAAAUUGAUUCGGAGGGAUUGGGUUGGAGCAAUCAAUCUGCUGCCAAUCGAGGAGGAGGAUAUUGGGAGGCCUUGCAGCAGGGGCAUCUGGAUCCUAUACUUGAUGGCAGACAUCACUUUGGUGGUAGGUUCAUGCUGAUAGACGUUGAUCUGAAAGUGGAUGCCAACAACUACCGGCGGGAUGUCCCAAUGACCUCGGUGGUGAGCAAGUUAAAUGGGCACGCUAUGAUCGGUCAUCCCAUCAAGAUUGAAGCUCUUGAGAAUGGUUCGACAGAAAACCUUGUUUCUGGCAGAGAUCAUUGUUCCCCUGAACCAUUGGAGGCUCCUGCCCAGCUGCCUUCAGUAUGGAGGACGGGCCGGCGGACGGCAAAUGCCCGUGUACCACGCCCAUUUUUAUCUUCAUUGAUAAAUGGCGGUGAUGGUAGGAGGCAAGCAGCUCCAUUCAUUUACCAAGACCAGAGAUCAAACACAGCGCCAAGGAACAUGUCCCCAAAUCCCGGGGAUCGGAAAUUAUCAAGAACGAGUCCAUCGUCCGGUCAGAAGAUAAGAGCACUCUCAUCAAUCUCUGAGAAGCAUCAGAGUGAUCUGAGAUGUGGCUGCAGAGACUACCAAGCGGCGGACGGGGCCGGGGCUGCCAAUAAUAAAAGGGAGAAUGCGGCUGCCACGACCAUAGCUUGUAUACCCGUCAACUUGGUGUUUAGUAGGUUACAUGAGGAAUUGGUUGGGCGCCGCCAGCAGCAAUAGCAGCAGCAGCAGGGUCGUCCGCAGGUUGUGUGGAUUGAUUGGUUACACACACACACAUAUAUAUAUAUAUAUAUAGAGAGAGAGAGAGAGAGAGAGAGAGAGAGAUUUAUUCAUCAGUAAUAUUAGGUGCAUGUAAAUUUUUUAGGAGAGAAUAAUUUGAUGAACCUUGCAACUCCUCCUUCCA